AUGGUUUUAUAUUCUAAACUGAUAUGUAGACUCCUGAAGAAUAUAUUAAGCAACAGCUGCGUUCAGCUCCCGAUGAUUUUGGAGCUUUCUAUGAUCCUUCAAGAAAGACGAAGCAAGUGUGGAAGUGGGAAAAAUUCGAAAGGUUGGCGGAAAAUCAGAACGGUUCGAACUCUGCCUCUUUUUUCCUUGCACGCAGAGCAAAGUUUUUGGACCACGACAGACUAGACAGACUGAGGAGAGAAGAUGAACAAAGAAAAUUAGAUUUGGAAGCGAAGGAAAUCGCUGCUGCAAACAAAGCCGAAGUAGAUCGAAAACUAGCAAAGAACCGACUAAAGCGUCAAAAGAAGAAGGAAAGAAAGGAAAAGUAUGAGCUUCGUCAAAAGGGCGAAUUACCACCCGUAGCUGUAAAGAAGAUUGUCCGCGAUGAAUCCGCUGUAAAAUCGGUUGCUGAUUCCAUCCGAGUUCAAAAUGAACAAGAAUCUU